AGGUCUUUGUUGUUUUGGACCGCUCCAAAGCAGCAGGAAAUCCAUAUACUGACUGGAAUAACCCGAGUGAUCUAAUUCGCCCAGCUGCGAGGAUGUGGGUUUGUCUAAGGGUAGGAGACUGUGACACAGCAAAUAAAUCAAAGUCUGAGUAGAAAUUAUGCAAAUUCUGUCCGCUUUUAUUGGCCCCCUUCAAUGUGGGAAUUAUUUAUUAGCAUUAUUUUGCAUUAACUAUUUGGAGAGUCUUUCGCCCGAGUAUUAAGUUCAAGUCCAAUUUUGUACUUUUCUGAAAAUUUAUGUCCAUAAUUUAAUGUCCAUAAAAUGUAAUGUGAGUUUAGCAUAUAUUUUCGAUCACAUAUUUGGAAGCCGAGUGUAAUAACUAGUUGACAUCUUUGCAGGCUGUCUGCUCCUUAAUGGUCCAUAAAUGGCCCGUAGCAGCUCAAUUUAUUAUGCAGUUUUUGCCCAGCAAUCACCAGUAUUUUUUAUGGCCAAUCGACUGAGUCAUUGACUGCAGCUGCUGAAUCAUGUCCUAAGUUUUCCUUGGUACUUUCCUUCUAUUUGACUUUAAACUCAGCUCGGAAUUCGGGUGAAGUACACUGGGCUGGCAUAUCGCUCUAAUAAUAUGCAGAUUACGCAAGGUAAUCACCGAAGUGUGUUCGGCGAAAUCGAAAUGUUUGUGCUGGCAAUUAGCGGGCAGGCGAGAAAAGCGAACUGAAAUCACUCAUACGCCCCGUUGUCGAACAAUUAAAACACAGAAAUUGUAAUAACAUCGUGACUAGUUAGAAUUAUGGCGUCGUCAAGCGCAGCCAAUAAUAAUAAUAAUAAUGCUGCCCACCACCACCCCGAUAUCUGAUAGCUAAAAGCUGCAAGCACUACUUGGAAAAUCCAGUAUGAGCUGUUUUUUAUAAUAAUAAGCGCACAGCGCAUAGUCAUAUAGGACCCCCUACCCCGCACCUUCUCCCUUGGGCCCACAGAAAUCGGGCUGCAUUGCUUAAUGAAAAACCAGUUUCUCACAGCUAAAAAUUGGUAGCGCAUUCGAGCCGUAUUAACAUUGCCUUCUUUUAUGACGCUGCCGUGCCAAUAAACAAAUAAAACUGAAAAACUGAAUAAGGCAAAUAAAUUGCUAGCCUAGACGAUGGGAAGGGGGGGCUUGUGAAGCCCAGAGCUGAGAGAACGCUUUGAUUCUGAUCUAGUCAUUGUUUGGGGCUGCUCGAAAAAAGUACACACCCCCCUCGUCGUCUAGGGGCCUUUGGGUUUUUUUUGUUUUUGUUCCUUCUCGCAGCUGCCUGCUGUGGCGUCACUAGUCGCAAAUCACAACUUGAUAAAUGAGAAAAUCAAUGCCACUGCGAGCUUAGUACGCCUCCUGCUCUUGUCUCGUUGGCUUCGCUGCCAGUGCCGCCACCAUCGGUGGAUAACUAAGAUGCCUCACAGUCCGCAGCUGAAGCCACAUCAAUUCCAGGCCCAGACGCCAACGGAUCAGUACUCCUCCUAUGCAGACAACUUCGACCUGUCGCUGCUGCCGCAGGAGUCCGCACCCGCACCCAUUCCCACCACCGUCUUCCAGUACAACGCGCCCCAGAUCAAGGUCGAGUGCGCCUGGGACAGCCAGCCCCCCCUCCAGCAACAGCAACAGCAACAGCAGCCCCCUGCGCCCUACAACAUCCCCUCCAGCCACCAGCUGAUUCCACCGCCCGCCUACCCGCACAGUGCCUACCCCUCGCCGCAAUCCAGUCCGCUGCAGUCGGAGUUCGCGGCCUACGGACUUGGCCGAUUUGGCGGUAGCUACGACAGCCUGAACAGUCCAUCGCCCUCCCUGGAGGCGGUUAGCAUCAAGCAGGAGCUGCACAUCCUGCCACCCUCGCCGCCAGAGUCCAACUGCGAAACGCCAUCGCCCAGAUCCUCCUGCGGCGAGAGCAUCAAGGCCGAGCCCUUGGAUGCGGACAUCGAGAGCCUCAUCGAUCUGAAUUCUCUACUGCAGCAGCAGAGUGUACACAGUACACAGAGUCUGCAGGACACCAAGCCCGAUCAUCAGCUGCUGCGUGAGUGCCUCGAGGACACCAGCUUCCAGAAGCGGCACAACCUGAAGCCCCUGGCUCUGGAAUCCUUCAUCGGUGGCUUGGCCGAAGUGCGCGGCGACUUUGAGCCCGUCAUUUCACUGGCCCUGGAACAUGCCAAACGUGAGGCGGACGCCAUCUGCGCGGAGCUGCAGAUAUCGCAGGAUCCCAAUGGCUGGUCGCCCGCCCAGGUGCACGCAUGGCUGCGAUCCACCUUGGCCCAGUUCAGAUUGCCGCCGGUUGCCGACUUGGAGCUGCACUUCUGCGAAAACGGUGCCGCACUGGCAUUACUCAGCGAGGAGGAAUUCGUGCGUCGACUACCAGAGAGCGGCAGCACACUGCACGCCCAGUUGGAGAUUUGGAAGAUGGCCUACGCCGACCAGCCCGCUCAUCAGCAGCAUUCCCAGCAGUCUGCGAGCACUGAUCUCUGGCCGGCCAGCUAUGCGAUGCCCAAUUUUGAUCUGGACUACAACGAGGACAGCGAAGAUGACGACGAUAUGGACACAGAUGCACCAGUGGCACCUCUGAACGGCAGCUCCACUUCACCGCCCGCUACCACCGCUUCCAAUGGAGCUACGGCUACAGUGAAACGCGUCAAUGGUGGACGAACAGGCGGCGGUGGUUCGCACAUUCACCUGUGGCAGUUCCUCAAGGAGCUGCUGGCCUCGCCGCAGGUGAACGGCACGGCCAUCCGGUGGAUCGACCGCAGCAAGGGCAUCUUCAAGAUCGAGGACUCGGUGAGGGUGGCCAAGUUGUGGGGUCGGCGCAAGAAUCGACCGGCGAUGAACUACGAUAAGUUGUCCCGCUCCAUUCGGCAGUACUACAAGAAGGGCAUCAUGAAGAAGACGGAGCGGUCACAGCGGCUGGUCUAUCAGUUCUGCCAUCCCUACAGCCAGUAGCCCAUGUAACCCGAGCUACCAGUUAUUUAUUGCUAGUUGUAAGUGGCACACCUGACCGACCCACCUGCUCCAUGAUCCAUGAUCCAUGAUCCAAGAUCCGCUGACUAUUCUCGACUAGCCUUGUGGGCCUAGCGAGCAUUAGUUUUAGUCCUUGUACAUAAACCACUCACAAUCUUGUUAGGCACGAAGGUAAGUUCGUGCAUCGAUUAAGUUUGGCCCUAGACUAAGCUAAAAUCCGCGUCCGCUGGCGAAGGUAAGUUCGCCGUGGCCGGGUUUUAAGUGACCCACGCAGUUUCACCGCAAUCGAUCGUAGAUCUAACUCUGAUCCCGCACUGCAGCUGGUCAUUCGGCUGCAGUUGCGCAUGUUUGACUUACCGGCGACAUCUUUAUUCAACUGCUGCCUGUCCACGCGAAGGAUAUUGACUCAUCAGGCGGAUGUCCGGUGACUGGAGUGACUGGAGUGCAUCCUGGCGCUGGACCGCCAUUAGUAGUCCGAGGCGAAAUUGGCCAGAAGGUCGCAGUGUCCGGAGCACUCAAGGCGAACAGUCAGUCAGUUGAAGGACUAACCUGAAUGAAGCAUCCUUCGCUGGCAGCAUGAAGGUGUCGAGGUAAUUUUAGGAACCAUAUAUCUAUGAUAUAUCAAAAGUAAGUUCUAUGAACAACUUAAUAAGCGAACAAAUGUUAAAUAGUAGUUGUAAGGCGAUUAAGGCUCGACUUAGCCAUAGGUUUCCUCGAAAGUUUUUUCUCUUCACUCCGCAACGAAAAAAAAAAAGUUAAAAAUCUUUCGACCUCGUCCGAUUAUGCUCUAUAUAUAUAUCUGAUAACUUGAUCAAUUAUUUAUUCUUUACCGGGUGGCGGUUCAAUUUAGACGUAUUUCGUUUCAACUUAUUUUGAUUAUACGCAAUUAGCAUAAUUCGUGCAUAAUUUUCUCUAGUUUCGUUUUAUGUGACGGGUAGCGAGUUUAAGUUAAUUUUAAUAUUUAUUCGCUGGCCCAGCCGAGCGGUGAAAUUAUGGAAAGUCAAUUAGUUUUGCAGCUAUUUGCAUUAGCAUUAAUGCAGGCGCUUUAAUUGAAUUAUGCAACGGCCAAUUGGCUGCUUGGUUUGCUGCUUAUUUUGUUAACCAAAUAGAACAGUUACCGUUUAUAAAAAUAUUUAUACGCAUAUUCCACACCUAAUUAGGACAUUGCCCCCACUUCGCCUGGCAACUAGAUUUAUGCACUUUACACUUUUUACGACACACCAAUUAUUUAUUUAUUUAUUCAACUAACAUAUUGUCAUGCUACACUAUCCGAUACGAUAACGAAAUAAAAAUCACUGCAAAAAACAA